AUCGUGGGACUAGUGGAGACAUGGAUGGAAGAAGAUAGAUGGGAGAAGAUCAAAAAUAAAUUGCCGAAAGACUAUGUGUGGGGCUUUGUACCAGCAGAGAAAGAGCAUAAAAAAGGAAGAGCAAAAGGCGGAAUAAUCACGGCAGUGAGAAAAAAAAUAAGGAACAUAGAAGUUAGGAAAUUAAAUGAAGCAGCGAUGGAAUGCAAAAUAGAGUAUAAUGGGAAGAAAUGGAGGAUAAUGACAGUGUACAGUCAAGAGAUAGAAAAAACAAUGGAGACAGUGAUGAAACACAUUCCAGAAGAAGAGGAAGAGUAUUUGACAGUAGGAGGAGACCUAAAUGCAAGAACAGGCAAUGAAGGAGGACCAGUGAGAGAGGAAGAAAAUGGAAAAAGAAGCGAGAGCAGGAGAUCGAUAGACAAGAUAAUAAACAGAGAGGGACGUAGAUUAAUAAGCAAGAUAGAAGAGAGAGGCUGGGCGAUAAUGAAUGGCAGCUACGGAGAGGAGGGAGGAUGGACAUAUAUAGGGGAGAGAGGAUCUUCAGUCAUAGAUUACGUGAUAGGAAAUGAUGAAACAAGCGAAGAAAUUAAAGGAAUAGAAGAAGGCAACAGGACAGAAUCAGAUCACAUACCAUUAGAGAUAGAGUUGAUGGGGACAAGACUAUGGGAAGAAAAAGAUAAGGAGACAGAGAUGGAAAUAGAGAGAAGCGAUUGGACGGAAGAGGGAGUUAAAAGCUAUCAAGAGAAAUGUGAAGAAUGGAAGAGCACACGGAAGGAUACGGAAGGCAUUUGGACGGAGAUAAAAAAAAGAUUAAAAACGCGAUCAAGAGAUAUAAAAAGAGAAUACUACCAUGGAAAUUAGGAAAAAGGGAAUGGUAUAAUAAAGAGUGGAAAGGAAGAAAGAGAGAGCUGAGGGGAAUGAAGAAAGGAAGGAUUAGCAAAGAAGACUAUGUGAAAAAAGGAGGGAACAUAAAGAGUGGUGUGAAGAACAGAAGAAGAAACACGAGGAGGAAGAAGAGGAAAAGGUUCUUAAAUAUAAGAACAGGCAGAGGCAUGGAAGUAUAUAAAUAGGUACAGAAAGAGGAAAUCAGAAGGGCCAAGCAAGGAUAUACAAAUAGACUGUUGGAGGAACCACUUUAUGGAGAUGCUAGGAGGCACGCGAGAGAGAGCGGUUCAGUAAAUAGAAAACGAGGAAUGCGAGGAAGAAGGGGCGGACAGAGAAGAAAUAGGUGGCAUCACAAAAGAAGAAUUGAUAGAAGUUCUGAUGAAAUUAAAGAAAGCAAAGGCUCCGGGAGAAGACGAGAUAGAGAACGAGGCAUGGAGGUUCAUGUCCAAGGAAAUCGGGGAAGAAUUCUGGAAACUAAUUAACAGAGUAUGGAAAGGAGAAAGAAUACCACAAGACUAAUAAAGGUCUAAUAUAUCCCAUCUACAAAAGGGGAGAAAAAAAUGAAAUUAAAAACAAUAGAGGAAUUACGUUGAUGGACACGGCAUGCAAGAUUUACGCGACGAUUCUAAACAGAAGACUGGAAAAAGAAGCGGGAGAAAAAUUGAUGGAAGGGCAAUUCGGAUUCAGAAAGGGAAGAGGAACGAUGGACGCGGUCUACAUAGUGAAUUACGUGGUUAAUAGGGAAUUGAGCAAAAAAAGAGGAAAGAUAUUUGCAUUAUUCGCGGACCUGAAAGCUGCAUUCGAUAACGUGGAUAGGAGGCUGCUAAAUGAAAGAUGAGAAAGGUACAGAUAGAGAACAAUCUCAGAUACCGAGUUAUGGAGACAUAUAGGGAAACAAAAAACAUAGUGAAAGUAGGAAACAUGAAGUCAGAGGAGUUUUGGACUGAAAAAGGCCUAAGACAAGGAUGUCCACUAAGCCCGACACUGUUCAAUAUACAUAUACAUGUCGGACUUGGAAGAAGAGAUGGCAAAAGGACAGACAGGAGGAGUAGUAAUAGGAAAGGAAAAAUGUUGAUCAAUAACAUAUGCGGAUGACGUAGUUCUACUGGCAAAUAAUGAAUAUGAUAUGAAGGAGAUGUUGAAGAGAUUCAGGAGGUUCCUACAAAGAAAAAGGCUAAAGCUGAGCCCGGAGAAGUAAAAAAUAACAGUUUUCGAGAAAGGUAGAGGUAGAACAAAAACGAGAGUGUGGAAAUGGAAAGAAGAGGUAAUAGAAGAAGUCAAAGAAAUCAAAUACCUGGGAUAUACUCUACAGAAAAAUGGGGGGACAGAGAAACAUAUAAAAGAAAGAAUAAAGAAGGCAACGGUGGCAAUGAAGAGAACGUGGAGCAUAGGAGAAAGAAUUUUCAGAGACAACUUCGAAAGAAGAACGAAGAUGUUUAACUCCUUGGUGGAAAGUAUAAUAGCCCUGUAUGGAGCGGAGGUGUGGGGCUGGCAGAACGACAAUAGACUGGACGGAAUAAAAAGGAAGUAUAUGAAAUGGAUUUUAAAAUUGGAUUGGAGAACACCUAACUACAUACUGACAGAGGAAACAAAGAUGGAAGAAAUUAAAGUUAAGGCGAUCAGAAGAGCAGUAAAGUAUAAAGAAAAAAUAAGGAAUUCAAAGAAAAAACUGAUACAAGAAUGCGUAAAGGAGCUGGAAAAGGAGCGCAGAGGAGAAGAAAAGAGUAAAUGGGAAAAGAAGAGAAGGGAAGUGUUGGAAAGAACAGGAAUGAGUAAAGAACAGGUGAGAAGAGAAAGAGAGAUAAGAAAUCAAAGAGUAGCAGAAGAAUUCAUGAAGAGAAUAGAAAGAAGAGAGACAGAAGGAAGACAAGUAAAGAUAAAUGAAUCAAGGUAUAAUGAUAACUACAAGAACAUAAGGACAGAAGGGCUGCCAAAAUAUUUGAAAGGGAAAAAGAAGAUGAAAGAUAGAAGUCUAAUAGCCAGAUUUAGGUGUGGAAAUGAGACAAAGGGAGACCAGUACUGGAGAGAGGAUGAAGAAAGGAGGUGUAGAUUUGUCACGGUGCGGAGGAGAAUAUGACACAUAUACUCAAAGAAUGUGAGAAGACAAAGAGUGAGAUGAGAGCGGAAGAAUUCAUAGGGGAAGAAGGUAAAGGACUAGAGAUAAUGAAGAGGAUAGAGAAGGCAAGAAGGGAAGCAGAAGAGAG